GAUACUGACACACUCACACACACACACAGCACUGAUAGAGGACGGAGGGACGGAGCGAAGAGGAAACCUGUGAGAGAACGACAACAGAAGAAAAAAAGACUGAACGUAGAACAGAGCCCAAAGAAAGAAGCUCAGAAAGCAAAAGAAAGGAAGAAGAGCAGGAAUCAGGCAGGAGAAAGAGGUGCUGUGUGCUGUGUUGAAGUGAAACCACCAACGAAACCCCCAAACUAUCCAGAUCUACCAGUGGGUCCAUUACUCUGUCCGUCCCAUAGCCACAUCGUCCAGCCGACAGCAGAGGCCUUCUGCUCUUCGUCUGUUGGUGAAGAAGUCAGCACGUAUCUCACGUACACUUCUGUCCGUCAAGAGGUCAACUCGGUAAAAACCUAACUCGUCACUGAAGUGAAAUUAAAUCCUAGAGUCAAACGAUGGCGCCCAAGAAGAAGGCCCCCCGUCAGAAGAAGCCCGCCGUGGACACCGUCUCUCAGGUCGCCAUGGAGACCCCCCAACUGAAGGUGGAGAGCCUGGGCGACGGCGUGGUGGUGGUGGAGAGCGGCGUGAAGAAGAUCGAGCAGAUGGCGGCGCUGGACAUCGCCCAGCUGAACAGCCUCAACCUGCCGCUGCCGCUGCCCGUCAUCAAGCCCGGGGAGAGGGGCCUGGGCCUGGGCAGCGAGCUGACGCGACCCCUGCACGGCAACGCCCUGCUGGAGGAGCUCAGCAAGAUGCGCCAGGAGAAGUUCCUGACGGACCUGGAGUUGGCCUGUAAGACGAAGGCCUUCGACGUCCACAAGCUGGUCAUCUCCUCGGUCAGUCAGUACUUCAGAGAGAUUCUGGCCAAAGAUCCCGGCAUGAAGCGCCUGGAGCUGCCGUCCCUCUCGCCUCUGGGCCUGGCCAACGUCAUCACCUUCGCCUACCUGGGCCGCGUCCACAUGUCGCUCUACACCAUCGGCUGCACCGUCUCCGCCGCCGCCACCCUGCAGAUCCCCCAGCUCCUCAAGAUGUGCAUGGACUUCCUGCUGGCCGAGCUCAACGUGCAGACGUGCGUCUACAUCUGGAACAUCGCCGCCGCCUACAGCCUGGUGCCCGUGUGCGACGCCGCCCGCCGCUUCGUCCUGGAGAACUUUGUGCAGUUCUCCGAGACGCCGCUGUUCCACCAGCUGACCCUGGAGCAGAUCGCCGCCUUCCUGCAGGACGACUCGCUGGUGUUGCCCUCGGAGGUCAUGGCCUUCCAGCUCGCCAUGAAGUGGCUGGACUUUGACGCCUCUCGUCAGGCUCACGCCGCCGAGCUGCUUGGCCACGUCCGGUUCGAGACGAUCCCGGCCAGCGAGCUGGUGAGUCAGAUCCAGCCGGUGGCCCGCAUGAUGCUGGACCCCCACUGCCACCGCCUGCUGGUGGACGCCAUGAACUACCACCUGCUGCCCCACCAGCAGAACACCCUGCAGUCCCGGCGCACGCAGGUCCGCGCCGGCCAGCAGACCCUGCUCACCGUCGGAGGCCGCCCGUCGCUCACCGAGAGGGCCCUGAGCCGCGAGGUAAUGUGGAGGGACCCCCGCGAGGGAGGAGCCACCUGGCGUCACCUAACGCAGCUGCCGGCCAAGAGCUUCAACCAGUGUGUGGCCGUGAUGGACGGUUUCCUGUACGUGGCCGGAGGAGAGGACCAGAACGACGCCCGCAACCAGGCCAAGCACGCCGUCAGCACCCUGAGCAGAUACGACCCUCGCUUCAACACCUGGCUCCACCUGGCCAGCAUGCGUCAGCGCCGCACCCACUUCUCCCUGGCAGCCAGCGGCGGGCGGCUGUUCGCCAUUGGCGGCCGCAACGUGGAGGGCCUGCUGGCCACCACCGAGAGCUACCUGCCCUCCUCCAACAGCUGGCAGAUGCGUGCCCCCAUGGAGGUGCCCCGCUGCUGCCACUCCAGCGCCACCCUGCCAUCCGGGGACAUCCUGGUGAGCGGCGGCUACAUCAACUGCGCCUACUCCCGCUCGGUGGCGUGCUACAGCGUGGAUACCGACACCUGGUCCGAGAGGGCCUCCAUGGAGACGCCCCGUGGCUGGCACUGCUCCGCCACCCUCGGAGGGAAGGUGUACGUGGUGGGAGGGAGCCAGCUGGGGCCUGGAGGCGAGAGGGUGGAUGUGAUCUCUGUGGAGGUCUUCUCCCCGGAGAGUGGAGCGUGGAGCCGGGCCGCCCCUCUCCUGCUCGGCGUGAGCACCGCCGGCCUGUCGCCGCUGGCCGACAAGCUGUUCCUGCUGGGAGGCUGGAACGAGGCGGAGAAGCGCUACAAGGCGGCCGUCCAGAAGUACGACCCGGCCACCGACAGCUGGUCCAUGGCCGAGGAUCUGCCCGAGCCCACGGUGGGCGUGUCCUGCUGCACGCUGACCCUGCCGCCCCGCACCGCGCCGCGCCGGCAGCAGCACCGCAACACCCCGGCCCACGAAGAGCAGCAGCAGCAGGCGGCGAAGAACCGGAGCAGAGAGAGCAGCACGGCCCCGGCACACACCAUCCCAGCAUAGAGGGAGGGUCAUGCAACAAGGGAGAGACUAGAGGAGAGGAGGAGGUGGUUCAACCUCAGGAGAACAUCUGGAUUAGGGCUGCAACUAAUGAUAAUUUCCAUUAUGGAUUCAUCUGUUUCGAUUAGUCGGUUUGUUGUUUGCUCAAAAUAUAGUAUUAAAAAAUACCAUAAAUAACCAAGGUGACAUCUUCAAGCAUCCAAAACUCACUGAUUCAGUUUAAAGCAGCAAAAAGGAACAUAACCACAGUUUUUCCUUGAAAAAGAAAUCAUUGAACAGAUUUUUCAGAACAGUUGCCGAUCGUUGUUUUGUCGAUCGACGAAUCGACUAAAUCGUUUCCGCUCUAAUCUGGAUCAUGUCUGCUCUACUUUCUGCUCAUGCCAACGUGGAAAAGUUCCUAUAUUUACAAAUUUAAACAACAACAACCUUUUCACAAAAGAACUUAAUCAACCACAUUUUUGCAUUCCUGUCCAUCAAUAAUAGCACAAAGAUGCAUGAGGCUUGAAUCACCGUAAUAAAACCUAACUUAAAAAAGGAACAGAUGUAUGUGUAAAUGUAAGGAUGUCACUUAUUUUUAGUCAAGAAAAAUUAUGGAUCAUGACACACUGAUCCUGAAUCCUUCCAAGGAUUGUGAUUGUCAUGGUUUCCCCACAAAAACAAAAAUAUUGUCAGCUUGGCAUCUGUCCUGCAUUGUUCUGACUGCAAAGGGCAAAAUUAAAACCAGAGGCUAAUUCAAGAUGCGGCCGUGCAGCUCCACUCAUGAAAUGCCGCCUUGCAUCCCAGAAAAGAGAGCAGGCAUGAUCCAAAGUGGUCUCAGGGGGUGAAGGGAACCAGAGCAGAAAGAGAUGGACGAGGGGAAGGAAAAGGGACGAGUGGCGCAGGCGGAGGUAGAGAGGAGAUGGAUGGAGGAGCGACGACGACGAAGGACAGAAGGACGGGAACAGUGGCUGUUUGUGUUUGAACAGGUUUCGGGGUUGAACAUAACAUCAGAGACGACUGUGAAUGCGCCGGUAGUUUGUGCACAAAGAUGUAUCUAGGCAAAAAGUGUGUGCGACUGUGAACGUGUUUGAACAUGUGUGAAUGUGUGUGUGGGCGCAACAGGAAAAAAAAACAAUUUCAAACAAAAACAUGCAAUAAAGAUUUUCUCUCUAACUUAAACUAUUUCACACGAAAGGCAGCAAUAAACAAAACCUGCGUUUAUCAUUGUAUUUAUUAACAGAUACCUGUCAGUAGCUGUAGUGGCAAAAAAAAUAUAAAAAAAAUAUAUAGCUGUAGUAUUUAAGAUGAACAUUUUAUAACUGCGACGGAGAGGAGGGUAGUGUGACAUUGACAACACAGGUGAGAUUUUAAAGGAGAUAUAUAAAUUGGUGUAAAAACAAUGUACAAUAAGGGGCUUUAACCUAAAAUGUUGCUUCCAAGAAACCAACAAGAUUUAAGAGGUAUAGAAUUUGGAAAAAAGACAAAUUAAUAGGCGAAACAAAUGUGACGCUCACCUGAGUCUGUGCUUUAAAGCAUCAGCCGCCAGCAGACGUCUAACUUUUAUGGAAACUUAAAACUACCAACUGAAAAACCAGUGAGACUCCAGCUGGCGAGAAGACAAAACUGCAAGUCAAGUAACUAAUAAGUAAUAUUAUAACUAUUAUUGUUUAUCAUGAUACAAUGAGGCUGAUGUGGCUCAAGUGAUUGGAUCAGUCCCUCUGUACGGUGGUUUCACUGAAUAAAGCCAAUUGAAUCCAAA